AUGAGGAGCGGCGCGGAGCGCAGAGGCAGCAGCGCCGCGGCGCCCCCCGGCUCGCCGCCCCCCGGCCGCGCGCGCCCCCCGGGCCCCGACGCGCUCCCGGUCCCGCCGCCGCCCGCCGCAGGCCAGCCCCGGGCCCGGGACGCGAGCGAUGCCCGCGCGCAGCCGCGCCCCCUGUUUCCGUGGAGCAAGUGGAAGAAGAGGAUGGGCUCGUCCCUGUCGGCGGCCACGGCGCGGAGGCCGGUGUUUGACGACAAGGAGGACGUGAACUUCGACCACUUCCAGAUCCUUCGGGCCAUCGGAAAGGGCAGCUUCGGCAAGGUGUGCAUCGUGCAGAAGCGGGACACGGAGAAGAUGUACGCCAUGAAGUACAUGAACAAGCAGCACUGCAUCGAGCGGGACGAGGUGCGCAACGUGUUCCGGGAGCUGGAGAUCCUGCAGGAGAUCGAGCACGUCUUCCUGGUGAACCUGUGGUACUCCUUCCAGGACGAGGAGGACAUGUUCAUGGUGGUGGACCUGCUCCUGGGCGGGGACCUCCGCUACCACCUGCAGCAGAACGUCCAGUUCUCCGAGGACACGGUGAGGCUGUACAUCUGCGAGAUGGCGCUGGCCCUCGACUACCUGCGCAGUCAGCACAUCAUCCACAGGGACGUCAAGCCCGACAACAUCCUGCUGGACGAGCAAGGGCACGCACACCUGACCGACUUCAACAUCGCCACCAUCAUAAAGGACGGGGAGAGGGCCACCGCCCUGGCGGGGACCAAGCCAUACAUGGCUCCGGAGAUCUUCCAGUCCUUCGUCAGCGGUGGCAGCGGCUACUCCUUCGAGGUGGACUGGUGGUCGGUGGGGGUGCUGGCCUACGAGCUGCUACGUGGAUGGAGGCCCUACGACGUCCACUCCAGCAAUGCCGUGGAGUCCCUGGUGCAGCUGUUCAGCACGGUGAGCGUCCAGUACGUCCCCACCUGGUCCAAGGAGAUGGUGGCCCUGCUGCGGAAGCUCCUCACUGUGGACCCCAAGCACCGAGCCUCCAGCCUCCAGGACAUGCAGGCGGCCCCAUCGCUGGCCGGCGUGCUGUGGCAGGACCUCAGCGAGAAGAAGGUGGCACCAGGCUUCGUGCCCAACAAAGGCCGCCUGCACUGCGACCCCACCUUUGAGCUGGAGGAGAUGAUCCUGGAGUCCAGGCCUCUGCACAAGAAGAAAAAGCGUCUGGCCAAGAACAGGUCCCGGGACAGCAGCAGAGACAGCUCUCAGUCUGAGAAUGACUACCUUCAGGACUGCCUGGAUGCGAUCCAGCAAGACUUUGUGAUUUUUAACAGAGAAAAGCUGAAGAAGAGCCAGGACCCCGCGAGCGAGCCGCCGCCCGCCCCCGGGGCCGGAGAGGCUGCGGAGGACCGCGAAGGGACGCGCCCCGCCCUGUCCAUGUGCGGCCCCAUCUGCCCCUCCCGCCUCACCGAGAGUUAGCUCCCGCUGCUUCGCAGACUCAGGUCUGCCAGGACAGGACGGGGUGGCGGGCAGAGGCCCAGCGUGGACAUUCCCCGCCGAGCAGCCCGGCCCCUCCCAGCACAGACCCCGGGCCUGGUGGCCCCGCUGCUCCCUGGCCUUGUUUGCACGGGGACGGGCUGACUGCCGAGCCUGCUCGAGGGCUCUCCGUGGCCCAUGGCAACCGCCGGGAGUGGGGGACGCGCGCCGGUGGCUCCGUUACCUGCAAUGGUGGCAGGAGGCCCGCGGCCUCCGCUGGUGCCCCCCCACCCCCACCCCUCCGGCCCACCACUGGCAAGUCACAGAGGCUCCAGUGCCACCAGCCUCAGCUGUACAUAAGCCCUCGGCACCGGCCCCGCCGUCGGCUGCCGGACGUCUGUGCACUGGCUCCCGGGGGCGCACGGAGUCUCGUGCGGAAAGGUGAGGAGUGUUUUUAUAGACACACUGUUCUGGCGACUUCUGCUGUGUUUCUGUACAGUUGUCACCUCUGAGCAUCACGACCUAAGAGCUGCUCGGUGUCCA